AGUGUUGAAAUGGACCGGCGUCCGGACGUUACGGUUAAAAAAAAAAUAACAAAAUUUAUCAAAUCAAAUGUAUUUUACGAAAAAGAAAAAAAUAUAUAUUCUAAAAAUAUAAACAUGUAGUCCAAGUGAUUUAACGCGAGUGUUAAAACUCAUAAAAUCACAAAAGUCUUCCAACUUAGUUUAAUUUAAUAAUAAAAAAUUUUUAAAAAUAAUAUAUCUAAUUUAAAAGAAAGUAAAAUUUAUUUAAUAAAAAUUAAUAUUUCAUAUAAAUAUUUUAAUUAUAUACAUAAAUUUUUAAUAAUUAAUAUUAUUAUAUAAAAUUUCAUAUGAGAUUAGUGUGCCUAAUCCAACGUCUUCCAACGUAAAAAAUAUAAUAUAUAAAACUAAAAUUAAUAUUUAAAAAUAUUUAUUGAUAAAAAUUUAUUAAGAAGAAAAAAAAAUAACAACGAUUGUAUUACCAACACUUGUUGGUUCAUCCAGACCAAUUUAUUUCAAUUGAAAAAUUAAAAAAAAGUAUUGAGAAAAUUGCAACGUAAAUAAAGAAAAAAAAUAUUUAAAAUAACAAGGCUGAAUAAAUAGUACAUGACAAAUGAUAAUGUCUACAUUUAUUUCGACAAAAACACCGCGUGGAAGAGGUCCAACUGAUGGUCGUGCAUUUUUUGAACGUUUAUGGCGUGGUAAUUUUUUUUUAGACCGACAAAAAAUUGUAAAACGUACGCGCAAGCGUAAAUUAAAUAUAACAAAUUGUAAUAAACGUAAUAAAAAAUUACAAUUUAAACAACAUUGUUGUUGUUGUCAACAAAUAAAACUUCAUUUACUUGCUGGACAAAAAACAAGCAUUAAAUCUGUCGUUAGGUAUUUAUAUAUUUUAAAUUUAAUUAAAUUAUUAUUAUUAUAUUUUGAAGCUCUUGAAGUCACGUGGAUUAAUUGGAUCAUUUCCAAAUUGGAUUUAAUAAAAAUUUUCUGCUAGUAAAUUAAAUUAUAAUUUAAAAAAAAAAUAAAUAAUAUUUUUUUAUUGAUUUUAAAUGUGUCAAAGUUUGUUUGAAUAAUUGUCAAGUAGAAAAAGCAAAAAAUUAAACUUGAAAGGGGAAAAUGAUUAAAUGGGGCUGUGAAGGAGGGAAAAAAAAAUGAAAAUUAUGAUAAAGGAAGUUGAGGAAGAAAAAGAAAAAAAAUAUAUAUAUGAAAAGGCUAGCUAGCUAGAUGACAAGAGACAAAACUAGUGGGACGUAUUGAUCGAGGGUUUAUGGCGUAACAAACUGGGGUGUACUUUAGCGCACAACUGUGUUAUCCCCCUACUUGUGAGGGAGGGGUUGCAAGAAGGAUGACGAACUCUGAUAUUGCUUUCAGUAUAAUAUUGCAUUCACAAUUCGACCCAAACUUAUAACCACUUAUAACUAUAAAAUUUAUCAAACUUGAAUAAACGCUGUUUAUGUUUUUUAUUUUUCAUUUGAUAUUAUUAUUAUUUUUUUUCUUUUAAUAAUUAAUAAUGACUGUUAAAUUAUCAAAUCGUGUACGUGAAACUCAUCAAAUUGCUGAAGCACAACAGGAAAAAAAUGCAAAAUUACGUGAAGCAUUUGGUAUAUCAGAGUAUUUUGUUGAAGGAAGUAGUUUAGAUCCUGAAAGACAUGUACGUGAAGCAGAAGCUAAAGCUGCUGCAAGUAAAGUAUAUGAACUUGUUAAAAGUCCAAGUCAACCACCACCCGAAGCUGAUAUAAUAACAACAACAGCUGAAAAAAAAAAUAAACGUAAAAGAUCAUCCAGCAGUUUGAAGAAAAAAAAAGGAAAAAAACAUAAAAGAGACAGAUCUGAAUCACCAAAAUCGAGCAAAAAAAAGGAUAAAUCAAAGAAAAAAAAGAAAGAUAAAAAACAUAAAAAAGAUGUAAGCUCAUCUGACAGUGAUUCACCAAGUGAUGAUUCUGAUAAUAGCAGUUCAUCAGAAGCUGAGUCAAAAAAGAAAAAGAAAAAAAAGAAGAAGAAGUCAAAAAAUGACAACAAAGACAAACAAGAGAAAAAAAAGCCUCAAAAAAGAAAGCAUCAGUCUUCUGAGAGUCAAUCAGAUACAUCUCCAGAAAGACCAAAAAAACAGACAAAACAUGAUAAAGCAGAAAAAACGGAAAUUCCAAUUGAAAUACCAAAAGAAAUACGUCAAAGAACACCUCCAAAAAAAUUAGAACGUUCUAGAAUUGAAAGAUCAAUUUCACCAAGACCUCAAGCUGCUUCACCAGUUAGAAGAAAAGAUAAAUCACCACUACCUCCACCACCACCUGCAAGAAGAUCAAAAAGUCCUCGUUCAAAUUCACGUCGUAAUCGUUCAAUUUCACGUGGUCGUGAUGAUCGAAGAAGAUCACCACGUAGAUAUUCACGACAACGUAGAUUAUCACCAUCACCUCCACGUAGACGUAGACUAUCAAGAUCACCAAGACGUAUAUCAAGAUCACCAAGACGUAUAUCAAGAUCACCUAGACGUAUAUCAAGAUCACCAAGGCGUGCAUCAAGAUCACCAAGACGUACAUCAAGAUAUUCAAUAUCACGAAGUCAUAGCCGUUCUAGAAAUGAUAGAUAUGUAUCACGACGACGUAGAUCACCAUCAAAUUAUCGUAGACGUAGAUCAAAUUCUAGACGUCGUUAUUCACCACCAAGAAAUUCAAGAAAUCGUCGUGAUAAAUCACGUGAUUGUCGUAAAUCACGUUCAAAAUCAAGAAGUCGUUCAAGAAGAUCAUCAUUAAGUUAUUCACCAGUAAGAAAAAAUCCAGAACGUUACAGAGAUAUUUUACCAAAAAAUAAUGAAUUAUCACCAAAAAAGAAUGAAAAAAAAUUAAUAAAUUUACGUGGUAAAAAUAAUCAAAAUCAAAAAAUAAUUACACCAAGAGUAUCUUUACGUUCAUCAGAUGAUGAAAAAGAAGAAGAAGAAAGAGCAGCAAAUAUUAAUAAUGAUGAUGAUGAUGAGCCAAAAAUUGAAGAUGAAGAAAAACAAAAAGAAAUAUUAACAUUAAAAAAAUUACAAACUGGAUUAGCAGCAAAAGCUAAAGAAACACUUGAAAAAAAAUCAAUAAGUCCAAUUAAAAUUAAAUUAGAAAAAAAAGAUAAUGCAUUGAAUAUUGAAUUACCAAAUGAACCACAAAAAAUUCAAACAAUGUCAAUUAAUACAAAAUUAUCUAAAAAUAUUGAUAAUAAUAUUAUUGAUUAUCAAGAUAAUUCAAAUUCAAAAUCAUCAAUUGCUGAAAAAAUUAUUGAUUCAAGUCGUUCACCAUCACCAGCAUUACCAUUAACACGUGAAGAAGCUCAAUCACCAUCCAAAGAAUCAACAAAUGUUCAAUCAAUAUUAUUAUCACCAAAAAAUUAUGAUGAUUUAACAUUAAAUCAUCAAUCACCAAUAAAAUCUCCAAUAACAACAACGACAAUUGUUGAAUCACCAUUAAAUUCACCAAAAAAAUCAAAAUCAUAUUCAAAAAGUCCAUCAAGAUCAGUAUCCAGAUCAGUAUCACGUGAAAAAUCAUCAAGUCCAAAAAGAAAAAUUAUUCAGACAAUAAAUAAAUCAAAAAGUCGAUCAAAAGAUAAAAGUCCAUAUUCUACAGAAAAAAGAGCAUCAAGAUCAUCUUCUAGAACAAGAUUAUCUGUUAGAAGUGUUUCUAAAAAAUCUCGUGGAUCUAGAUCAUCAUCUAGAAGUGUAAAAAGAUCUAUUUCAAGAUCAAGAUCAAUUUCUUUGAAAAAACAAGAAUCUAGAAGUCCAAGUAGAUCACCUUCAAGACAUUCAAGAAGUCGUUCUGUAUCAAAAAAAUCAAGAACUCAUUCAAGAUCAGUUUCUCGAACAUCUAGAGAUAAAUCUAAACGUAGCAAAAGUCGAAGCAGUUCUCGAUCAUCGAGAAGCUCAACUAGACGUAGUAGACGAAGCUACUCAAGCUCAUCAAGAUCAUCAAGCAGUGGUUCUAGUCGUUCAUCAAGAUCUUCAUCAAGUAGUUCAGCAUCAAGCAGAUCACGUUCACCAUCAAUUCCACGACGACAUGGUUCACCAAGUUUUCUUGAUCGUCGUAGAAUUACCAGUGCUAGAAAAAGGCCGAUUCCGUAUCAUCGACCGACUCCAACACCUCCAUCAUCACCAAGCAGUAGUGAUGAUAGUUGUCACACUGAUUGGUCAAGUCCAAGCAGAGGAUCUAGUCAUUCACCAACUCGAAGUCCAUCUUAUACACGUUGAAAUUUUUAUUAAAAUAUUUGAGUAUAUUUACUCAAAUUAUUACCAGAAAAUUUGAAAGUGGGAAAGAUCAAACUGAUGGCUUCAGUUGUUUAAAUAUUUAAAAAAAUAAUUAAUCAAUUUUUUUGAUUGAUAUAUUUAUUCCAAGUAUUAUUUAUUUUAAUA